UGUGAGAGGCUGACAGCUCUUCCUGCUCCACGCGCUGCUCCCGCCCCUUCAUUCUGCUCCAAGGAAGGAAGGGGGAACUACUCGAAACGCACGUUAUCACUUCCAGUAUGCAGCAAAACCGCGCCGAUGCGUGACUCUCUGGUAUUAUUUAGCUGGUUUUGAGGUCGGUCGGAAGUAAGAUUCAAAGGUCUGGAAUCACAGUCGGUGUUUUUGAGGGGCGCGAGACGCGUAGGGAAGGUGGUGCAAGUGGUUUCGGAAGUGGAGCGUGGCAGAGAAAAGGAGGGGGGGUGGGGAGGGGGGUGUUUUUCCUGUGUGAUACCAGAUAGCUUGCUUCGCUUGCUCGCUUCGACGGGACUGACGUAGAAUAUGGCGGAGCAUCAGUCGGUACCCGACAACAAACACAAAUCCUCAUUGAACUCCGGCGCGUCGUACUCUGGGAAUGGGCGCAGCAGCACGGCGGCGGCGGACAGAGACGGUAACGCCGGCACAGGAGGAGGAGGCGGAGGAGGAGGAGGUCUGUCCGGCGGCCUGUCGCAGCCGGCCGGGUGGCAGUCCCUGCUGUCUUUCACCAUCCUAUUCCUGGCGUGGCUGGCCGGUUUCAGCUCCAGGCUCUUCGCUGUCAUUCGGUUCGAGAGCAUCAUUCACGAGUUUGACCCCUGGUUCAACUACAGGUCGACUCACCACCUCACCACCAACGGCUUCUAUGAGUUCCUCAACUGGUUCGAUGAAAGAGCCUGGUACCCUCUGGGUAGGAUAGUAGGGGGAACGGUGUAUCCUGGCCUGAUGGUCACAGCGGGCCUCAUCCACUAUGUACUCAACCUGCUGCACAUCACCGUCCACAUCCGUGACGUGUGUGUGUUCUUGGCCCCGGUGUUCAGUGGCCUGACCUCCAUCUCCACCUUUCUGCUGACAAGGGAGCUGUGGAACCAGGGGGCAGGGCUGCUGGCAGCCUGCUUCAUAGCCAUCGUUCCCGGCUACAUCUCCCGCUCUGUGGCUGGCUCCUUUGACAACGAAGGCAUCGCCAUCUUUGCCCUGCAGUUCACCUACUACCUCUGGGUGAAGUCAGUGAAAACGGGAUCAGUCUUCUGGGCUAUCGGAUGCUGCCUGUCCUAUUUCUACAUGGUUUCAGCUUGGGGAGGUUACGUGUUCAUCAUCAACCUUAUUCCUCUCCAUGUGUUCGUCCUGCUGCUCAUGCAGCGCUUUAGUAGGAGAGUCUACAUAGCCUAUAGUACCUUCUACAUCAUCGGCCUGGUGCUGUCCAUGCAGAUCCCCUUUGUGGGCUUUCAGCCGAUCAGGACCAGUGAACACAUGGCUGCAGCAGGUGUGUUUGUGCUGCUUCAGGUUUAUGCCUUCCUGCAGUACCUGAAGGACCGACUGACCAGGCAGGAGUUUCAGACUCUGUUCUUCUUGGGAGUCUCUCUGGCUGCUGGAGUGGUUUUCCUCUCCGUCAUCUACCUGACGUACACAGGGUACAUUGCUCCAUGGAGUGGGCGCUUCUACUCUCUCUGGGAUACUGGCUAUGCUAAGAUCCACAUUCCCAUUAUAGCAUCAGUGUCUGAACACCAGCCCACCACCUGGGUGUCCUUCUUCUUUGACCUUCACAUCCUCGUGUGCACCUUCCCAGCAGGCCUCUGGUUCUGUGUGAAGAACAUCAAUGAUGAACGCGUGUUUGUGGCCUUGUACGCCAUAAGCGCUGUGUAUUUUGCCGGCGUGAUGGUGCGUUUGAUGCUGACUCUGACUCCAGUGGUGUGCAUGCUGUCAGCUGUGGCUUUCUCCAGUGUCUUUGAACACUACCUGGGCGACGACAUGAAGAGACAGAGUCCGCCUGCGGAGGACAGCAGCGACGAGGACGACAGGAAAAACGCCAGCAACCUCUAUGACAAGGCCGGUAAGGUACGUAAACACGUAUCUGAGCCGGAGAAAGCUGAGGAGGGCCUGGGCCCCAACAUCAAGUCUAUAGUCACCAUGCUGAUGUUGAUGCUGCUUAUGAUGUUUGCUGUUCACUGCACCUGGGUCACCAGCAACGCCUACUCCAGCCCCAGUGUAGUACUGGCAUCUUACAACCACGACGGCUCCCGUAACAUCCUGGAUGACUUCAGAGAGGCUUACUAUUGGCUGAGGCAGAACACAGAUGAGCACGCCAGAGUGAUGUCCUGGUGGGACUACGGCUACCAGAUAGCAGGCAUGGCAAACAGAACCACGCUGGUCGACAACAACACAUGGAACAACAGUCACAUAGCACUGGUGGGCAAAGCCAUGUCAUCUAAUGAGACUGCAGCCUAUGAAAUCAUGAGGUCACUGGAUGUCGACUAUGUCCUCAUCAUCUUCGGUGGCGUGAUUGGCUACUCAGGCGAUGACAUCAACAAGUUCCUGUGGAUGGUGCGCAUCGCGGAGGGGGAGCACCCCAGGGACAUCAGGGAAAGUGACUACUUCACCCCCCAGGGAGAGUUCAGAGUGGACAAAGCCGGCUCCCCCACCCUCCUCAACUGCCUUAUGUACAAAAUGUCUUAUUACCGCUUUGGAGAGAUGCAGUUGGACUUCAGGACACCACCUGGGUUUGACCGGACACGUAACGCCGAGAUCGGCAACAAGGACAUCAAGCUGAAACACCUGGAGGAAGCCUUCACCUCAGAGCACUGGCUGGUCAGGAUUUAUAAAGUCAAGAACCUGGAAAACAGAGACCGUUUGGAGCACAAGCUGCGAAGCACUGACACCAUUAAGCAGAAGUACACCUCCAAAAAGACGGCCAAGAGGAAGCGGGGAUACAUCAAGAACAAGCUGCCCCUCAAGAAGGGCAAGAAACUGACCACAAGGUCUUUAUAGAAACCCCACCACCAACAGAGGCACGCUGUGGACGAGAGAGAGGAAAAAUCUUUAAACACAGAACUUUCAACAAAAACACGCCGCAACAGUAAAAUACAUCUAUCAAGAUGAAUAAGGAACAAAAAGAGGCUCCCCCCGACAUCUGCCAUCCUGAGCGUCCGUACCUGGAGGCUGGAAAUGUGACCAUCAUCUAGGAGAAUGCCUUUAACCCCAGCUGACCUAUGACCUGAUGAGCAGGGUGAAGCAGGCGGAAAACAGGAGGUGUCGGCCAGUCUGAGAUCCUCCCCACUGGUUUUAACCUGAGGAACUGUGACCUUUUUUGAUUUGCUUUUUCUUUUUGUACUUGAAGAUGCUGUGAGUGACAGGUGGGAGAGAGAGCAAGAGAGAUUACAUGUCUUUAAUCCAGGGACUUAGAUUGGGACUGCUCUAUGCAUCAUUCAGACUGACACACACAAUAACACACUGUUUUACCAUGUUACAAAACCAGAGCUGAGCUGAGACCUGCUCAAACUGAGACAAAGGGUGAUUGUAGGAUGAUUUAAAUGUUUUUUGUCUUGAAUUCUCACACUUGAUAAAUAUGUUUGAUGGAGAAGGAGAAAGAAAAAAAAAAAAAAAUGUACCUGCCCACACCCGGCUUCUCUAGUUUGAACCAGCUGUGAUUCAGUGAUUUGAUUCUGUGCUGUCAAUUGAUCAGAUCACAGUGAGCACAUAUCUGAUGAGUAGUCUCCUUUAAUGUAUUUAAUUUUCUUUUACACUCUCCUCAGAAUCCAUUACCAACAGAGAAAUGCAUGUACACAUAAUGUGCCAACAAAGAGAAGCCACCGUGCUUCCAACCUCAUACCGCUGCACUGACAGGAUGUAUUAUUUUAGAACCAGACUGCAGUAAAGGAUAAUUCCUGUUUGUUAAAACUGGUAUUUGAUUUUCAUAGUUUGUCUGUGUGUAAUAACACUGUGCUCUCCAUUGCUGAGGCCUGGGAACAUGGCGGCAGGAAGUGUGCGCAGUUAGUUAGACUGGCUGUAAACAAACUUAGUAAAACUUACUUGGGUGACACAGUUUACAGACACUUCCUGGCUCAGCUUUGACCCACUGUAUACACACACACACACACACACACACACACACACACACACACACACACACACACACACACACACACACACACACACACAGUUCUCUAAAAUGAGGGAUCAUUCCCAACAUUUCAGGUAUACUCACUUUCAGUUUUGGCACCAAGUAAAGGAAAGGGGUCUUCCAGUAAAUAAAUCAGUGCAGCAGAGGCUGAAAUAUAUCCUGACUUUUAUUUUGUAGUAUGGGCCAAUCUCUAAAAACUCCUACGACUGUAGAGCAUCUCUCAUUAGAUUCUCCUCCCCUCCUAAAUACUCACUUCUUUCAAACUCUAUGGCCUGCAUUUAAAAAUGUAAAGUCUCUCAAGCACAAACCAAAACGACCCUCAAUGUCAGGGUUAUUUUUCUCCAUAGAAGACAUUAUACAACGGUUUUCACAGGCGGAGUCGUCCUCCUUGUGCUUGAGUAAACUGAACUUGUGUUUCCCUUUUUUAAAGUGGUUUAAGUGAUCUGGCCAAACUUUUCUGAUCACCUGAGUGCUCGACCACGACGACCUCUUACCAGUAGAAAUGACCAAAACUAUGAAAAUAACACCCAAAUUGUAAUAAACCAGAAUUAUCUUUUAAGAUGCGUAAAUGAUUCUGUAACUGUAACAUCAUCAUCAACAUCAUUGAACCACACUGGACUCCAAACAAUACAGAGAGCUCUGAUCAUCGAUGUUUCGCUGCAGCUCAGUGGCUACAACAUUGAUUUAUCUUUGUUUAAGAUGCUUCAGGGAAGCCGGACCGAGAACCAAGGUCUACGUUUUAUCAGUUAAUGGUGAUUAGUGAAUGAACAGGAUGCAGGUUCGUGACUUUCAGAGGGUUAAAACAACCAUCACACAUUAGUGUUUGUUUUUUUUUGUAAUUGGCUGAAUUUCUACUGUUUUAAUUUGUAGUUUCUAUCAUGCAUCCAGUGACAUAACAUUGUCAGCAGUUCCUUCUGUAAACCAACCUUCUCUAUAGCUGAAUCCACCUUAUUCUGUUUCUUGAAGAUGUUCUAAUAAACAUAUCCAUCCUG